ACCCGGUUUUAACAUCACAUACGAUUCAAACAUAGAUCAUGUUGAUAUAAAUGGUAUUCUAACUAAGAGAAAGGUUAAAAAUCUCAACUUUUAUUACAUAGGAGACAACAAAGAUUAUUUGGUUAUUUAAUACAAACGUUUCAAACAUGGAUCAUCUUGGUAUUCUAAGACUAGAAGGUAUGGGGGCCGGCUUGGCCCGGCGCCGGACCCCCACACCGCCCCCCUGGUCCGGCUCUCAGCGCAAACGGCCACCCACCGCCGGGUGGGCCGACCCUCCUUUCAAAAAAACUAGCCGUUGCAACGGCUCUUUCCAAUAAAAAAAAAUUCAUUUUUUUCUAUAAAAUCACCCACUUUCAAUAUUAUUUCCCCACUUUCAACCCAAAACCCUCUCACUUUUAUACCAAUUUCUCCCUACUUUUAUAAAAAAAAAAUAUCUUUUUACCCACAAUGGCUUCUAAUCCUUGGUGGCCCUCGUCUUCGGAUGACGAAGAGGAGAUGUUUUUCGCAAAGGCUGUACUACGGGCGGGACAAAUUUUAAUCGAAGAGGAAGAGGAAGAGGAAGAAAUUGGUGAAAAUGUUAUUACCACACGAAUACGCAUUAACAGAGACCGCCAAGGAGCGCACGACAAAUUGGUGAACGAUUAUUUUUCGGAUGAGCCACUUUACAACGCCGACAUUUUUAGACGCAGGUUCCGAAUGAGUCGCCGCUUAUUCACAAGGAUUGCCAAUGAUUUGGCGGGGCUAGACCUGUUUUUCACGCAACGUCCUGAUGCUCGAAAUUAUCAAGGGUUUACAACGUUACAAAAGUGUACUGCGGCCAUUCGACAACUGGCGUACGGGACAGUGGCCGACGCUUUGGACGAGUAUUUACAGAUGUCGGCAAGAACUACGCGGGAAUGUUUGUAUCGGUUUUGCCAUAAUGUGGUGAAACUGUAUAGCAAAAAAUAUUUGCGGAAACCAAACGUGUAUGAUGUUCAACAGUUGUACCAAGCUCAUGAAGCAAGGCACGGGUUUCCGGGAAUGCUUGGUAGCAUUGAUUGUAUGCAUUGGGAGUGGCAUAGUUGCCCGACUGCGUGGCGCGGCCAAUAUACGCGAGGUGAUCACGGAUAUCCAACCGUGAUACUUGAAGCUGUGGCAUCACAAGAUUUGUGGAUAUGGCAUUCUUUCUUUGGUCUCCCUGGUUCACUCAACGACCUCAACGUGUUAUACCAAUCGGCCAUUUUUACCGAUGUCGUUAAUGGAACGGGACCGGACACACGUUUUACAGUUUCUGGGGUAGAGUAUAGACGUGGGUAUUAUCUUGCUGACGGGAUAUAUCCGUCUUGGUCUACAAUUGUGAAGACUAUUCCAUAUCCCGAGGACGAAAAACGGAAAAAAUUUGCGAAGCGUCAAGAAGCGGCAAGAAAAGACAUCGAACGUGCUUUUGGUGUCUUACAAAAAAAAUGGGCCAUCCUUGCACAACCGGCACGUGCGUUCACCCCAAAAAGGCUGCGUCUUUGUAUGUACGCUUGCAUUUUGCUCCAUAACAUGAUUAUUGAAGACGAAGGUCGGGCGAUUUGUGAGUAUGAUGAGAAUGCACCUUAGGGGAACACUGUCCCGGUUGAUCCCCCACAACAGGAUUUAAACUCGUUCUCGCUAACAAACGACUUCACGCAUGCAAACCUUCAACAAGAUUUGGUAGAACAUAUUUGGAACAACGUUAACAUGGUGGACGAUGACGGAGCCGAAGGCGAAGACGAAGACGA